AUGUUCUCGAAACUGUUCACCACCUCUUGCCUCGUCGCCAUUGCCCUUUCGACUGCUCAAGAGCCGGAGGGCCCCUCCAAAGUUUCUUCCACGAAACGCCGUCAGUACGUGGCUCCGGCUCCGGCAGUUCCGGUUGUCGCCCCAGUUGGCCAGUGCCCAGGUAGCCCCGUAACUCUCCCUUUUCCGUCGAAUCUAUUGGAAUCCUUCAGGAGGACCUUCCCUCCCAAUUGAGUGCGAUCCGAAGCGUCCGUGGCCUCAGUGCCCACCACAAUCCUACUGCUACGCCACGAACUCCGUCGACAUCGGGCCAUACUUCUGUUGCCCAGUCUGGUCCACUUACGGAGCCGCCUGGCGCCCGGCCGCUCCCUUCUACAACUACGUUCCACCAGUCCCAGCCAACUGGCCGGAUGUUGCCAAGGUGAGUUACGGUGUCAUUUCUACCGUUACCAGUCCAUUCUUAAUUUUCAGAUGACCGCCAACUGGCCAGCCGCCGCCGUCAGUGUUCCAGUAAAGGCCCGCAAGCCAACGAAGGCCGACGAGAGCGAGGAGCAGGCUCCGGACGGAAUAUCCUCCUCCAUCAACUCGUGGGUUCAACGCCAAAAGUUGUAA